UCUCAGGUCCAGGACCAGCCACACUUCUUUUGAAUACAUCCAACAGAUCUGCAUCCUUUCUCCUUGUCUCCUUUCCAUCGUCUUCUUUUCCUCUGGUGUGGACCACCAUGGACCACUCGGUGAAGGAGCUGUUCCUCAACUUCAUGAUUGUCUUAAUCACUGUGCUGCUGAUGUGGCUGCUGGUGAAAGUUUACCAGGUCUGAACCAUGGAGCAACGAGAGAGGAGAUGAAUGAGAGGCUGAGGACAUGGAGAGAUAUGUGUCUGGAAGGAAGCCAGCAUGGUUACUGUAGGACUUUACUGCUGAUUGAUUCUUGUUCAGACACAGUGUUUGCAUCUUUUCAUCCUUUAAGUCCAUCAAUCCGUCAAUCCUUUAUGAGCACUGGUUUGGUCCAGAACUGUAGUUUGUAUUGGAUUGCCAUGUGAUUGCUGCAGACAGGGCAGAUUGUCAAUGACAAACUAGUCUUGGAUCAGUAUUUGUCUUCUGAUGUGUUUUGUUGAAUCUCUGACAAGAAUCAAAUGGGAAUUUACAGUAGAGAUGGGAGGAUGAAAAAAAAAUAAACAAACAGGAGUUUGAGGCUCUAAUUUUUUAACUGUGGGAACCUUUAAAGUAACAGCUAUAAAAAAAAACACUGCAAUGUCACUAUACACAUUAGUUCAUUCUCGUCACUGCUUACCUUUGAUACAUUGAACCAUUUGAUACAUUUACUUAGUGAUGCAUGUCGUCAAAUGUAGACACUGUAUCUACUGAAAGAAUAAGACAUCAACACAAAUUAGGAAAAAGGUUUAUGUUUACUUUUUGAGAUUAAACAGUUUUUCAUU